AUGAUUCCUUCUUUCGGUAAUGCAUCCCAUGCGGCCUUGAUCCUUCUGCUGCUUCCCUUCGUCGCCGCUGCCCCUCAUCCUGAUCUCGAGUCGAGAAAGCCAGCUGGGUCCUUUACUGUUACCCAGAAGCCAAAUCCCCAUUUCCACCGCCGUCCUACCGAUGGGCCUGCCGCCCUUCGACAUGCGUUUCUCAAAUACAAUGUGAAGCCAAAGUUCAAUGUAGUGGGUGGAAACGAAACUGGAACCGUGUCGGCAAGCCCGUUCCCAGCAAAUUAUGACCGGGAGUACCUCUCGCCGGUAUCGAUUGGCACUCCGCCUCAGAUCUUGGAUCUUGAUUUUGAUACUGGCUCCUCGGACUUAUGGGUAUUCUCAACCGCAACAGACCAGAGCCAAGUUUCCGGCCAGAAGCUCUACAGCCCGGAAAACUCCACGACAUCGUCUCUUCUCCUGGGACACACGUGGUCUAUCUCCUAUGGUGAUGGGUCCUACUGCCGCGGAAACGUUUUCCAUGAGAGAGUUAGUAUCGGCGGUGUACCGGCAGACGCACAGGCUGUAGAGGUUGCUACGAGCGUCUCUUACUCCUUCACAUCGGAUGCUGCGUCUUCUGGUCUCGUCGGCCUCGGGUUUAACACCAUCAAUCAAGUCACGCCGACUAGGCAAAAGACCUGGUUCGAUAACGUGCAAAGUAGCCUAGCCGCUCCGCUCUACUCCGUGGACUUGAAGAAGGGCGCUGUAGGCUCAUAUACAUUUGGCACGAUUGAUGCUAGUGCAUAUACCGGCGACAUCGCAUAUGCGCCAGUAAACAACAGUAGAGGCUUUUGGGAAUUUACCGCGAGUGGGUUUGAAAUCGGAAACGACGGCUUUACGGAAACACCACUUAGUUCCAUGGCAGAUACGGGCACGACUCUGCUACUCUUGGAGGACAGCAUUGUCAAGCAAUACUACGCCAAGAUCCCGGAUUCGUAUUACAGUGGUAGCCAGGGCGCGUAUGUCUUCCCCUGCAAUUCCACGAUGCCCGAUUUUACGUUUGGUAUUGGGAAUUACCGGGGGUCGAUCCCGGGGAGCUACCUCAACUAUGCAAAUUUGAAUGCUAUGGUAUGUUACGGGGGAAUUCAGGGGAAGGGCGGUCUGCCAUUUAGUAUCUGGGGGGAUAUUGUGUUAAAAGCUCAGUUCGUGGUAUUUGAUGUUGGGAAUACGAGGAUAGGAUUUGCUAAGAAGCCCCUAUGA